AUGGCUAAUGCCUCACAUUCCAAUUCAGCUUCCGCUUUCUUCAAUCUUCAGUCCUCACCGCCUAACAACAAAACUCUAACCACCAUUUCCAAUCUUAAGGAAUUCACAUCUUCUCAGUUGGAGGAUAUGAAGCGGAACUUCAUCUAUUGCUCUCACUCUGAGAUUCUCAAGGAUCUCGACGCCUCUCACUCUCGCCUCCACAAGCGCUUCAAGAUCCUGACACAAGCAUGCCAACAAGUAAUGGAGGAAGCUGAAAAAGAAUACAAGAAGAUAUCGGAAAAGAUUGAUAGCAACCAUAAAGUAAUGAAAGCCUCAUAUGCAGAAUUCAUGGCAGAUGCUCAAGCCACUGCAUCUCGUGUUUGUAAAACUUCCAUUUCUGAACUUUCAAAGUCAUUUGAGAAAGAAAUUGAUGAUCUCCGCAACCGAUUUGGAACGCCAUCCGCUUAUAAUUGA